GCUUGACGGAAAUAGAUUUUGAGCACCCUGGCGCUACUAUUAAUAUGAAUACUUUUUGCAUUGCUUAAUUUUAGAAUAAAUGUAGAGCUAUAUAUUGUUCAUAGAAGGAACUGACACUGAAACUUCCACAGCACUCUAUUUAAUCUAAGCGCUUUGAACGAUUUUGGCUUUUUGAGCACAGAUCUGGCAACCUGAACCAUAUUGUGCUGGGGGUGGAGCUCUGGUCCUGUCGUCUCACAGUAGUUUCUGGAACCUCAUGGUUAGCGAGACCAUGGAGAAAGUUUCAGAGUUGAAAGAUCAGGGCAACAAAGCCCUGAGUGCAGGGAAGAUUGAUGAGGCUAUCCGCUGCUACACUGAAGCACUAGCCCUCGACCCCUCAAACCAUGUACUCUUUAGCAACCGCUCGGCUGCAUAUGCCAAAAAGGGCAACUAUGAGAGCGCUUUGGAGGACGCCUGUCAGACCAUCAAGAUCAAACCCGACUGGGGAAAGGGUUACUCAAGGAAAGCAGCAGCCCAGGAGUUCCUUGGACGGUUUGAGGAUGCCAAAGUGACUUACCAAGAGGGACUGCGAGAAGAACCCACAAAUCAACAGCUCAAGGAGGGGCUGCAGAAUAUAGAAGCCCGGCUAGCAGAAAAAAAGAUGAUGAACCCCUUUGCCAUGCCCAACAUGUUUGAGAAACUGGAAAGUGACCCUCGAACCCACGCCCUGAUGAAAGAUCCGGAGUACAGAGCACUUCUGGAGCAACUUAGAGACAAACCAUCUGAACUUGGCUCGAAGCUCCAGGACCCGAGAGUUAUGACCACACUGUCUGUUCUGCUGGGAUUAGACCUGGCUGGCAUGGAUGAAGAGGAGUCCACUCCACCCCCACCUCCCAAACCCAAGGAGACUAAGCCACCCCCUCCAAAGGAGGAGGACCUACCCGAGAACAAGAGACAGGCUCUGAAGGAGAAGGAGCUGGGGAACGAGGCUUACAAGAAGAAAGACUUUGCCACUGCACUGAAACAUUAUGAAGAAGCACUCAAGCAUGACCCAACCAAUAUGACAUACCUUUCUAACCAAGCAGCUGUGUACUUCGAAAAGGCUGAGUAUGAGCAGUGCAGGGAGCUGUGCGACAAGGCCAUCGAGGUGGGCCGAGAGAACCGGGAGGACUACAGACAGAUUGCUAAGGCCUUGGCCAGGAUUGGCAACUCAUACUUCAAGCAGGAGAAGUACAAAGAAGCGGUCCAAUUUUACAACAAGAGUCUGACAGAGCAUCGCACCCCUGAUGUGCUGAAGAAGUGCCAGCAGGCUGAGAAGAUCCUGAAGGAGCAGGAGAAGCUGGCCUACAUUAACCCAGAGCAGGCCCUGGAAGAGAAGAAUAAGGGCAAUGAGUGUUUCCAGAAAGGAGACUACCCUUCAGCCAUGAAACAUUACUCUGAGGCCAUCAGGAGGAACCCCAACGACGCCAAGCUUUUCAGCAACCGAGCUGCUUGCUACACCAAGCUGCUGGAGUUCCAGCUCGCCCUGAAGGAUUGCGAGGACUGCAUCAAACUUGAUCCUUCCUUCAUAAAGGGAUACACACGCAAGGCAGCAGCCCUGGAGGCCAUGAAGGAUUUCUCUAAGGCCAUGGUUGCCUACGAGAAGGCCCUGGAGCUGGACCCCAACUCCAAGGAGGCCACGGAGGGCAUCCAGCGCUGCAUGAUGAGCCAGCACGUGAGGAACGACGACAGUCCGGAAGACGUGAAGAGGAGGGCCAUGGCCGACCCCGAGGUGCAGCAGAUCAUGAGUGACCCCGCCAUGCGCAUGAUCCUGGAGCAGAUGCAGAAGGACCCCCAGGCCCUCAGCGACCACCUGAAGAACCCGGGCAUUGCUCAGAAGAUCCAGAAACUGAUCGAUGUGGGGCUGAUAGCCAUCCGGUGAUGAGGGAGGAGAGCGCAAGGCCAGACCCCGUGAAGAACCUCAAGGCCACAGAGGAUCAAGAUGCCAUUCCCUCCAGAUCCCCCGCCCGCUCCCUCUCACCCUUUAAAGAAUUCUCUGCCAUCUCGCCCAAACUGCAACAAACUGUUCCAUUUUUACUUUGUCCAUUUUACAGCCUUAAUUCAAUUUUACUUAUUAUGAAAGCACAGAGUUCUCUAAGAAAGAGGUUGAAAGGAAAAAUUUGAUUAGGAGCAGCAGACAGGCCUGGAACUUUGUUUGGUACAAUAAAACUGUUGAAAGCUAUCCUAGCAGCUAAUAAGAAAACAAGCAAUGCUCUGUUUUAGAGACUCUGAGUUUUGGAACAAUGUGAAAGUGAAAUAUAACUACUUAAUUUUCCCCUUCCUUUGCUUAUUUUAAAACCGUUGGUUCCUGCUGGGGUAAUAUAGCCAGUCAAUAUGUGUAUGGAGCCUGACUUAAAUUAUUUCCACCCUCCCAGACAGAAUAUUUUGUUCUACACCUAUGUAGAGGUGCCACUGGUUGACAGAAGGCAUGCUUACAGGUUCACAUUACUGGGCUUUUCAGAUCUUAAAUAAAUGUUAUCCUGUCAUCUAUGUACUGGUCUUGGGAGCAGGUAUUCCAACUAGAUUUAAGGUUUGAAAGUUUAAUAUUGUUUGAACUUUAAGGGCUGGUUUCAUAGACACAGAUUAAGCCUAGUCGAGGACUAAAAAAUCUAGUUCAAUAGAAAACCUCCACUGAACUUGUUUUCAGUCCUAGACCGGGCUUAAUCUGUGUCUGCGAAACCGGCCCUACGGGUUUAUUCAACAAACACAGAUUAAGCCUAGUCUAGGACUAAAACAAAUCAAGCUCAGUGUAUUUUUUAAGUUGUAUACUAGGCUUAAUCUGUGUCUGAAAACCCGCCUUGAAUACCUCUCACGUCAUGAAACUAAUUUGACUGACAGUACAGAACAGGGGAUGUUAUCUGUUGUAGUUAAUUCUUGCAUUGGGACACAAAAUGGCUAUCAGCCAAGAACUGCAGGUUACGGUUUUCUGAAGGUCUAAAGUUGAUGUCACGCACAAUGUAAUUUUGGUUUGUUAGAGUACUGGGGGAAGGGUGUGUGAGGGUUGUGUCCAAGUAUGUACUGUUCUUUUUGAGCCUCCUUUCUAAAAUGUCAACAUUUCACCAUAGCCUUGAUCUGCUAGAGUUCUUCAUCACACUGGGGGCGGCCAAAUUUAAAUAAUGGCUCAUUGUGAUAUCACCAUGACAACACAUACAGAUAAUUUUCAGACAUGGCACUCACAUGAUGUAUGUUAAAAACAAGCCCCGAUAGUGUAAUGUACAAGUGAAAUUACUCCUGUUCUGCAAAAUAUAUCUGAAUGUAUUUCUAAGUUAA